AUGGAAUUAAAUAGAAAGACAGCAGAAUCAUUACAAAUUAAUACAGAGCCAGAACCCCCAAAAGAAAAAGAACCGGUAAGUUUAUUUAAAUCUGAGGAAAAGCAGUUGGCAUGGGAGCUGGUUAAUAAAAUCAUGUCUCUAUAUGAUAAUAAAAAAAUAUCGACAAAGAAACAGACAUACCCACAAAUGAAAAAUUUAUAUCGAUCAGUGUUUUUGGCACAAGUAAUAGCGUAUAUUGAUUCUAUAGACACCAUAACCACACUCGAUGGAUUUGAUGAAAUAGUUUUUUCUGCACUAGAGAACACAAAUGUUAUAAUGAGCGGAGUAAAUGGUAUAAAAAACACUAAAGACUAUUAUAAACUGAUGGAGAAUAACCAUAUAUCACAGCUCCUAUUAAACAAGAUGGUAUAUAACUAUGUUUUAGAUGAUCUUUCUUUUGCUGUAAACAAAUAUCUUGACACUAAUCCGGAAUUACUCACAUUAGACCCAACUAUAAAUAACGAUUUAGACCAUAAUGUAAAUUCUGCCGAAUAUAUUUGUAGAAAAAUGAAUGAGCUAUUUAAAAAAGAUUCAUCCGGUACUUAUAGAAUAAUUCGUGUAAAGGAGAUAUUAGAGAAACACGUAGGAGCAUUUCUAGAUUUGAUAUAA